CCACAGAAAUUACUCCUCGAUUCCGCUCACGUCUCGGCACCCGAGGAUCCGUGCACAGCUUCAGUGGCAAAUAUAAGGUCGCGUCGAUGCAGCACUCACAACAACUUCCUGUCACCUCUCUCGCGGUAGUUUCUUCUCAGAGGGAUCGAUCCAUGCGCAGCUCUCAGUUCCAUCUGUGGUCGCAAUUCAAUCAGCAACUGGAUUGUUAGCUAGUCUGUUUUUGAGAUACUUUUUGUAACUUGUGAGUUGAGCCAGUAGUUCGAGAGCGAAAAGUUUCGUGCAAGACCAAUCAUUGUUGUUGUUGUCAGUUUGGAAGAACGUAGUAGUGGGGGAGUGAUUGCACUAGAGAUUUUCGUUGCAAGCGUUGAUCUUCUUCUGUGAAGCUUUGUUGAUCACACGGAGGAGCGGUCAUGUGCGGAAUUUUGGCUAUUCUCGGUUCCCACGACGCGUCGCCUGCGCGACGUGAUCGCAUUCUGGAGCUUUCCCGCAGGCUGCGCCACCGCGGUCCCGACUGGAGUGGGCUGUUCGCAGGGCAGAAGUGCUGGUGUUAUCUGGCUCAUGAGCGCUUGGCCAUCAUUGAUCCCGCCUCGGGCGACCAACCUCUGUACAAUGAGAACAAAGAUAUCGUCGUCGCUGCCAAUGGAGAAAUCUACAACCACGAGGCCUUGAAGAAGAGCAUGAAGCCUCACAAGUAUCACACGCAGUCCGACUGUGAAGUUAUUGCUCAUCUCUUUGAAGAUGUCGGCGAGGACGUGGUCAACAUGCUGGACGGCAUGUUCUCAUUCGUGUUGGUCGACAACCGCGAUAAUUCCUUCAUCGCCGCCCGGGAUCCCAUUGGCAUCACCCCUCUCUACUACGGCUGGGGUGCGGAUGGAAGUGUUUGGUUUGCAUCGGAGAUGAAGGCCUUGAAGGACGAUUGCGAGCGGUUCGAGAUUUUCCCACCCGGUCACAUCUACUCUAGCAAAGCUGGAGGGCUUCGGCGAUAUUACAACCCAGCUUGGUUCUCUGAGACUUUUGUCCCCAGCACCCCUUACCAGUCUCUUGUUCUCCGCGCAGCCUUCGAGAAGGCUGUAAUCAAGAGACUGAUGACCGACGUGCCCUUCGGUGUACUCCUAUCCGGAGGGCUGGAUUCUUCAUUAGUGGCAGCAGUGGCAUCCCGUCAUAUCGCAGGAACUAAAGCUGCCAACAUCUGGGGCAAGCAGCUUCACUCUUUCUGCGUCGGACUUCAGGGUUCUCCUGACCUGAAGGCUGCUCGGGAAGUCGCCAACUACAUCGGCACCCAGCACCACGAGUUCCACUUUACUGUCCAAGAAGGUUUGGACGCUCUGUCGGAUGUGAUCUAUCAUGUGGAGACUUACGACGUGACCACCAUCCGAGCUAGCACGCCCAUGUUCCUCAUGACACGCAAGAUUAAGGCUCUGGGUGUAAAGAUGGUGUUGUCUGGGGAGGGAUCCGAUGAAAUUUUUGGUGGUUACCUCUAUUUCCAUAAAGCGCCCAACAGGGAGGAGUUCCACCAUGAGCUUGUUCGCAAGAUCAAGGCGCUGCAUAUGUAUGAUUGCCAGAGAGCCAAUAAGUCGACGUCUGCCUGGGGUUUGGAGGCGCGUGUUCCCUUCCUAGACAAAGAAUUUAUGGAAGUUGCCAUGGCUAUCGAUCCUGCGGAAAAGCUGAUCAGGAAGGACCAAGGAAGAAUAGAGAAGUGGGUGCUCCGAAAAGCUUUCUACGACGAAAAGAAUCCUUACCUGCCCAAGCACAUUUUGUAUCGCCAGAAGGAGCAAUUCAGCGAUGGCGUUGGCUACAGCUGGAUUGACGGCCUCAAGGCUCAUGCACAGAGCCAUGUAUCCGACCAAAUGCUGAAGCAUGCAAAGCACGUGUACCCCUACAACACGCCGCAGACUAAAGAAGCAUACUAUUACCGAAUGCUCUUCGAGAAACACUUCCCGCAGCAAUCCGCUCGCUUGACGGUCCCCGGAGGUGCUAGCGUCGCAUGUAGCACGGCCACAGCAGUUGCAUGGGACAAGUCCUGGGCGGGCAACCUGGACCCAUCUGGCCGAGCAGCAUUGGGAUGCCACGACGCGGCCUACACGGAAAACAGCGCUGCAAGUAGCACAUCCACUGUAGCAGCUCAGGAGAACGGCCACCCGAAGGCCUCAUUCUCCAAGUCCAAGUCCAUUGACGCCACGGUCCUGACACCCCAAGCGGUGCACUGAAACACACCAUCACCAGGGGAGCUCACACACUCCCUCUCAAUUUAGCGAAGUGGCAGCAACGCCUGCACCCGGAGCGUCACAAUGCAGCCACCCAACAAGCUGGGUGGGCCUUGAGCUGCACAUAUUUCCUGUAACAACACUGCUUUCUCAUUAACUAAAGCACCUAAGCCAUUACUAUUAAAAGGAACGGGCUCAAGCUCGGAGCAUGCUGGACAUGCUGCACAUGUACCCAGUGCAGACUGAGACCAAGCUUUAGCUUCUUUUUUUCAAUACAAUGCUCUCAUCCUGUGUGUGGAUUCUUUCUGACUC